CUGCUAAAAUGGACUCAGUAUUAGAGAAAAGCAAAACACAGGACCAUGUUUACAAUCAUUGGGCAGGUUAAGAUGUAAGCAAAUGUUAGUAAUAUAAAAUAAUAAAUAGAAAUAUGCUCAUGAUUUAGAACGUUCUAAGUUUUAAUCCACCAAAUAAAAAUGGAUUCUCUUCUGCCUUCCGAAAUUGCAAGACUUGUGUUGGGAUACUUGGAAGAGGAAUGUGAAGUGGCAUCUCGAAGCCUCCUUCAGAACUGCAGCUACCUUCAGGAAUGCUACCUGAUGGCACAGCAGGGCAGGGCGUACAGCACAAAGCCCUACAACAAGAGCCUGAAACAAAUUCUGGAGGAGUACUGUGCAAUACGAAGUCUCGUGUCGGACCGGCUGAAGAAGCUGCCCGAGAGCUCGGCCUCGUCGCUGACCCAGUGCAGCCUCGUGGAGCAGCUCAGCCACCUGAUGGGACUGUCGCGGUCGGGCCAGACGCUUCUCGUCAGCAUCACCAUGCCUCCGCAGGGCGGCAGCAGUGGUGGCGGAGCGCAGGCAUCGACCACCCCUCCGUUGCUCAGCCAGGGACGGGCCCGGUCGAGGCAGUCCAGCUCGGCCGAGCGGUACAAGCGGCUGUCGGUGCGUUGGCAAGGCGGUGAAGCCCAGCAGUCGUCGUCGCAGGAGGUGGAGCUCGUGACAUCCGUGGAAGCAACUCCGGCAAAAAGUCUGCCAGGAUUCUCCUCCGGGGAAGACGUUGAAUCUGACUGUAACCUCCCGACCCGAACUCUUGAGAACGAGAAGGAAGGCCCCAUCUCUUCACAUUUGGACGACUCUGACAUAAUCACACCUGUUGGCACCGGCAGCUGCACUUCGACCCCAAAACGCAAGACGUCCUGCUCAAAACGGAAGGGAACUCCAUCUACGAAAGGAUCCCCGCAAUGUGUGAGGGGGGUCACAUCAUCAGGACGAAUAAGGCGGAGUUUGUCAGAAGAGGAGCCUAGUGAAAGCAUAGACUUGACUUUCCUGACCCAAGCAUUCCUGGAGAACAAGGAGCUGCACCAGAAGAUUGCAGAGAACAUCAACCGAGUGAUCGCAGCAGAGCAGCCAUCGACGUCGACCGAACCCCGCGCAGAGCCGAGCUGCAGCCACGGCGCGCCGGUCGGUGAGAUCGCUCAGGAGAUGGAUGGAGUCAUCAAGACCAUCGUCGAGAAGACGGAGCAGGACCCUUUGUUCGAGAGGUUCCUCGAUGAUCUGAUAGGCCCAAUUGAUGCCGCUGCGGAUGGUGAGUCGGAGCAAGGGGCAGAGGACAGAGAGGAAAACCUCCCCCACGUGGUAGCAACGACAGAGGCGGGUCAUUACGACACCUUGCCGACGACCAAAGAGUUUGACGUCCCUCUGAAACAGAGGCUCAGGGGUGCGAGGCACAAGAAGGACACUGUUGAAACUCCAGUGAAGCAAAAAGAAAGGUCGGGUAACAAACUAUUGGAGGAAAAAACAAGCAAAAGCUCCCAGCAAAGUAUGGAAACAACAAGUGAAACAGCUUGCCCAGUAUCCUUAGAGCACCAGAAUGCUGUUGCGAUAGAGUCCAUCGUGAAUGCAAACGUUCUCCCUCCAAACAAGCAGUCUCCUCCGGUGUUGACCUUCAACACAACUCUGGGGCACCUGGUUUCCAGCGAGGUGGCUGAUACGAGCCAGGACCACAACACGAUCUUGUCCGCAUCUUGCAUUGACCGUCUCACCAAGGAGGUCGCUUGUCUGCAGAACGACAAGUAUAUCUUUCUUGAUGCAAACGUCUCCCUGCCUUCCUUCGGUGGCAGCUUCAGUCUGGCGCCAGAGACUCCCAAAACUGGGGACAGUGCCAAAUGUGUUACGUCACAACCAACAGCACAUAAUUCAGCGGAAUUUCUGCAUAAACCGUUACGAGGCGGCGGUGGCGGCGAGGUUACGGAUUCAUUGCUUUCGAGAAAUGUGCAACAAACUGUUGCUUGCAGGUUUCCAGUGGAAGUCAGCACCGAAAGCACGAGUACUCAUGUUCCAUCUCAACAGGAUACUGCUGUUUUAUCAGGAGAGCAUAACCCAUUGAUGGAUCCAGGUAAAUUGGUGGGUGAAAAAGUCGUUGGCAGUGCGGAUUCCAUCUUCUCAGCCACGCUUCCGGCAGAUAGUAACAAAGCAGUGUACAGCGUAGUUUCAUUAUCUUCGCAGCCAAACACGGAGAACGUCCAUGGUGGUUUUCCUUUGAGUUUCUCGUCUGCAGCGAAUCACGCGACAAGUUGCAGUGGACCGAAAACAGUUGACUCAAGUACGGCUUCUCUGGUCAGUGCUGGAAGUCAGCAGUCUGUUUGCAGUGUGGUGAACAUGAUGCCACAGCAUAUUGCGAAUAGCUCGAGCCAGCGUUUCCUCUCGGACAGUGCGACAAGUUGUAGUAAAACCUGUUUCUCUGUCUCCAACGCCAAUUUUCUAUCCGGUGUCAACAACGAAACUUCAGAUUUAGUAGUUGGGGGUGCCGGGGAACAUACAGGAACUGUUUGCGACACAUUCGGCAGCUUUCAACAUUCUGGUAGUAGGAACGUUGAGUUAACAGGGAGUUUUUUAACAGAAGGUGGCGGAACAGCGGUUUAUACCCACAUCAGCGAAGCAACCACAAGUGGAGCUUCCUUGCAGCAAGAUCAGAUGUUAUCAGUAAGCAUUUCUGAAGGAGACGGUUCAGUGGUGUCUCAGUCGUGUGCAGGUCAAAUCUUGCCUGUCGGUGGGACUGGGAAAGAAAUUGUCAACCUUUCCCAUCCUCUUACAGAAUCACAGCUGAUGCAAAUGCCGUUGAUUCUCUGUGGAAGUGAGAGGAAUGUACAGUUAAUCAACAUUUUGAAACCUGCUCCAAAUCCACGUGCACCAAUAGUACCAGUUAAUUCACGGAAGAAAGGGUACAUUCCCAUUUUGCCCAAGAAAAAGGAGCGAAGAAUAAUUGGCAAGAAGAUGAUUAUUGUUCCUAGUAGCACAUCACUGGACCAAGAAAACAUCGGACAGCAGUUGGUGAUGAUGCCAUCAACGACAGAGGGGGAUUCGCUAGCUAUGUACUCUUACUCCAUUGCAGAGGAACCUGUUCACUACUCCGACAGUAAUCCAUGUGGUCAGUCUCUGCCAUCGAUUUGCUUGGAAAGUCCCGCUGCAAAAGAUUCCGAAGGGAGGGAACAGCUGCUUGGGGGGCUGAAUCUGCAGGAUUCAGAUAAAAAAGAAUCAGCAAGCGUUUCUGAGCCCGUGAUAAGCCCAACACUAUUGAUACUAAAAGAUGUCACCAAAAAUAAUGUCUCGCCUACUACUGCACAACCUGUAGCUGCAAUUGAAGCCGACGCGUGCGCCUCCAGUGAUAACGUUUCGCAUGACACGUCGACCCAGGAGAUGUUGCCACGUAACACACCCACCGUUUCCUCUGGCUUGAGACACAAGAGUGCAAACUCCCGAAGGCUUAGCCUCAGCACGCCGCGUAGGAAACGCAGCCACAUCCGCACCUUAGAUUUUAACACGCCGCUAAAGCCCACCAGUGUCAGGAAGUCCCACACUUCCCCUAAAGUUUCAGGGAAAGGUCCAUCGCCAUCCAAAUUGUCAAAGUCUGUUCGUAGAAUGAGUCUCUUCAAGUCUCCUCCCAACAGGGUUUGUACGCACAGUGUCACAUCAGAGAAUUGUGACGACUUGGAUGCUAGUGAAAAUAAUGCAGACAUUGCGUGUCCUAUAGCAACGAGGAGCCCGGCUCCAACUCUUUGCGGUAGUUGGGAUAAAGUGACAGGGGCCGGACUGAUCAUCACAGAAAACUCUCCACCAAGAAAAAGAAAUGGCCCAGCUAAAACUAAAGUUGAUUGUGACAAAAAAUAUUUAGAGACAAGCAGCACUGUGUCUCCACAGAGAAAGAAGAAGCCAUUGAACACAUGGGAUUCUGGUCUUCGUGCCCUGCUGAGCCCAAGUUACACAGAUCCAGAGCCUCCUUCCAGGAUUUCAAAAUUGAAAAAAGAGAGGAAAUGCUCAAAGAAAGUUACUGCAGAAGAAGUCAGAAGAAUAGAAAGUGAACUUUGUAAAAGCAAUGAAAAGGAAACCAUGGAUACAUCAUUGGUGGAUAGUGCUGACACUGAUGAAGUUGAACAACCGGAGAAUGGGGUACCACAGAUAUCAAUAGAAAGAGAACUGUCUGUAAAUAAACGGGAAGAUGUUUCACAGACACAAGUAAAACAAGAUCUCAAUGUUUCUAUGCAAAAUAAAAGUACACCAUUGAAAGGAUUGAAAAAAAGAAAAAGUAAACAAAAUUCUCAGUUUUCUUGUGGACUCUGCUGCAGUGAAAGUGAGUUGCCAUCAAAAGGUGAGGCCAAGAAACAGUUGAAAAGUAAUGUUAAGUCACCAUUAGCAAAAAAUAAGUCGACACUGAAAAAUAGUAUUAAGACACCAUUAAAAAUUAAUACCAAGAAACUUCUGAAAAGUAAUGCCAAGACAUCUUUGAAAAGUAAUGUCAAGACACAGCUGAAAGGUAAAACUAAGACACCGCUGAAAAAGACACCUUUCAAAAGUAAAGUCAGCAUGCUAAUAAAAAGUAAGAAUAUUUUGCAAAAACAGUCAAGCCAAAAAACCAAGAUGAAAACAUCCAAUAGAAUUUUGAAGUUGUGUGUGGAAAAGUUGUGUGUGGAAAAGUUGGAUGAAUGUCAUUCAGUUGUUUUAGAACAUAGUGUUAGUAAUGAUGAUUCCCUCAAACCUAAGGAUUUUGAUAGUGCUAUAGUAAAUACAAAAUCGAAUCAUUCUGUAGAAAAGCCUUGUAACACAGAUGAUAAUGUUGUAGUGUUAAAAGGAUUAAAUAUUAAGCCAUCAGACAGUUCUGAAGCAGAAACCAUAACUACCAAUCACAUUAACAACACGGUAGUUGAAAGAAAUAAGUUGUGUGGUAGAAAGCAGAGAAAAAAUCCAACACCUAGUAAAAAUAUCAACAAACUAGUUGAGAAGGAAAAGGAAUGCAUCCCAGACAGUGAAACUAGGAUACCUGUUGGGUUAAUAGCUACUACAGAAAGCACUAUGUCAAAGGUGGUACAGUCACCAACAAAUCUGAGAGCUGCCAAGAGAACUUUAGUGAGGAACAAGUUAAUGGCAGGUAGAAAACUUAAUUUAUCUGAGGAAUGCAGUGAUGUAAAUAGUGACAUGACUGAGACUGCUCCUUCGUGUCCACAAGCUACAGUGCUCGAUACACCAGAGAAAGAAGACGUUAGCACCAAUAUCAAUCUUAUGGUUCCUAUGACACCUCGCAUCAUCAGUCCCAAAAUUGUUGAAGACACUCCAAUAACAAAGCUCAUAAAGGAACAGAUUGCCACCUUUGAAGACACUAUAAUGACUCCACAUUUUCCAUGCACGCCAAAUAUUCCAGUAACGCCAGGGUCACUGGAGACAGAUCUUGCUAAUGGAGCAAGUCCUUCGUCAUAUCCUUCACGUCCUACUGACUACUCUUCGUGUUCUUCAUAUUAUCAGCCUUCAGAUGAUGUGAACCAACCACACAAGUCUCUGGAACAAGUCCUUAUCGACGAGUGCUGCAGAAUGGAAGCAAAUAAAGCUACUAAUGAGUCUGGAAAAGAUGCUGAACAGGCGAGCAGCUCAAAACUGUCACCUGCUGUGAUUGUGACCACCGCACAGCCCAGUGAAUGUUUUUCAAAAGAAGUUAACCAGGAAGCACUGGAACCAAAUGUUUCUCAUGGUGAAAGCACUACAGAAAGUGUACAAGCAAUAGAUCAAAAUGAAGAUACAACUAGAAGAAAAUCAGUGGAGAAAACAACAACCAUUCAGGAAGCCAAACUUGUUGAAAGUUUGACAUUAGAAGACCAAUCAUUAUCAGCGAAAAAUAAUAAUAUGAUUUAUUCAAAAACUGAAGGGACUUCUGAAUUUCCUAAGCAAGUUGAACAAAGGUUUGAAAAAUUAACAGUCCAAGAAGAAAGUGAUCUUGUUAAAUCCCAUAAAAAUAGACUAGUGAACCAGACUAAAACAAGAGAAACAUUGGCAGAAAUUGAAAUAGCAUCACACACAACAGAACUUGGCUGUAAAUCACUUCAAGAUAAAACCGUAUUGAUUGGUCAAGAGGAAAAAGGAAGUGUUCAUCAGUGUCCACCAUCUAAAGACAAUUUAGCAGAAGUUGAAAAAAAUAGAGAUGGUUAUGUUGAUUUUGUAAGUGAAGAAGGAAAUAGCAUUAAUUUUGAUUGCAGAUACGAGCACCAGACUGAAGAUAAAUCUAAAACUAGAGAAAAAGAACAAACAGCUGAAGUAGAAAACAGAAACAUGCAUGAAGCUAUGCAGAAAAAGCUAAUAGAAGAAAAAUGUGAAGAAUCUUUACUUGCAGGUGACUCAGCCUCUAAGAAAACAAAUUAUUUACAACAGUCUUGUUUGCAGUCCUCGGAUAAAACAAAAGAUGUUAGUGGUGUAGAUGAAAGCUGUGCAAGUGGUUCUGAUAAGUAUAGCAAACAAACAGAAGAAAUAUCAUCAGAACACAAAGAAACAGAUAGUUCCUGCGCUAGGACUUCAGUUUAUAGUUUCAAAGAAAAGUGUCAAAAGGAUUCUGAAAAAAGUUUGUUGUGUCAAAAUUUGAAGAGUACCAAAUAUGAUAAACAAGUUGUGAUAAGUUCUUGCAGCUCUGAUUCCUCAUCUUCAGAAGAGUCAUCAAGUAGUGAUGAAGAAAAUACAAAUUUGGUAGAUUCUGCUACAAAAGAUAGUGAGAAAGGUAAAGUGAAGACUCUAGACUCCAGUAAUGAAUCUCAAGUGUUGAGCAAUGAACUCUUUGGCAAUUAUUCAGAGGAAAGUAGUGGAAGUGAGUUAAUUGAUGCCAAAGAUAAAAAACAAAUAGAAGGAGACAUUAAUUCUAGUAAAGACGCUUUACAGCAGGAUACCUUGAAGGAAAAAAAAUUGUCAGAAACAAACACAAAUGUGAUGAUGUCCCCAUUGAACCAAGACCCAGUAACAAAAGUUGUUUUGGGCGUAGUUACUGAGAAUGCUAGUAGCAGUGAUAUCACUCACAGUAAAGAACCACCAGAUGCCUGCCAAACUUUACCUUCUGUUGAUGAUAAAUUGCGAACAGAGCUUCAAGAGAAACUUCUGCGAACUAUAGCAAAACUGAGAGAACCACCACAAAGGGCCAAGAGAAGGAAAAGUUCAGGAGAGUCUUUGAAUAUACAUUGCAUAGAAAACAAUAAAGGAAGCAUUCCUAAAAGGGCAGCAGGAAAAGGAAAACCGGAUAAUAAGAACGAUUUUCUUAAAGAGACUGUAACAGAGAAAAAAAUUAACAAGUUACGCAAACAAGGUGUAAAUGCAAUCGCUGAGAGGCUUCGCAAGCAGCAGCAGGCUGUGGCUCAUUCUGUUUCGAAGUUGGAAAAUUCACAAGCUGAGUCCAAUAACAAAGAAACAUGUGCUCCUACUUCCGAUAUUGAAAUUCAGCUUUCUCGUAUGUAUUGCGAUCUGGAAACAAAUGCAGGUGUUCAGAAUGCUGAUGACACUCUUAAAGCAAAAGAAUCUAGUGAACUUUCACCAGUAAGAAAUUUAGAAGAGAUAUUAUCAAAUAGAGUUGUUGGUGACAAGGACAUUAACACAGGGAAGAGGAGAUUUUCAAAUGUGGAUGGGCAUUCCACAAAAAUAAAAAGCGCUGGUCGGACAGCUGCAAAAUUUCCAAAACUUUCCCUCAGAAACUCUUCAGUGCGGAGCAGUAAAGAACAGAAUAUGUCAGAAGAAAGUAGCAGCAAAGUCUCAGGACACUGUAAGCCCAAUUCAUCAUAUCUUCCAAUCAAUGAAAUAAAUGAUGUAGACAACCAGGCAAAAUGUGUUUCAGAAAAAGUUUCAAAUAAGGAAAGUGAUUUUGCAGACUCUAGUGAAAAUAUAUUAAGGGCUAACUUAACUUCAGAGACAAAUAAGCCAUCUGAACUCGGACCUGCACCAUCAGGCAGUGCCGUACCUCUUCAAGAAUUGGUAGAUGUUAGAUCCACUAGAGAGAGAGAUGACACUAAUUCUGCUUCAACCAAGUCAUCAAGGAUUAAAGGAUCAAAAAAGUCUUUUUCAAAGAAAUCAAAUGGUAAGGCAAUGGCAUCACCUUGCAAAUCAGGCAACAUUAAGGUAUCUUUAAAAACAAAAAACACAUUGUUAACAAAAACUAAACCAACAGUUAGCAUAUCAAAUGAAAAGGACAUAAAAUCUUCAUCUUCGCACAAUUUUCCCAGUAGAACAAAAAAGAAUAAAAAUAUUUCAGACAAAGUAGAGAAAAUAAAAGAUGUACAUAAAUCAUCAAAAGAGAAGGUUUGUAAAAAAACAAGCUCAGUCCUCAAAGAAAAUGCUACAGUAGCACAUACCUCGAAAGAAAAAUGUUCUUCGCUAGAUGCAAGUGAUACCAGUCAAUACAAAGAGUUGGCAGUAAAUUGUUCGAGUUCUAAAUUGAAUAGUCUGUUAGAAACCAUGUCAAAUACUGACAACAAUAAAGUUUCUUCUUUAGAAAGAACUGAUAAUAAUACUUCUCAAGAACACACAAAAGAGAAAAAACAGGAAGCAGUUUUAUCUAAACCACUAGAUUCAGCCAAAGAAAAUUCAUCUAGGAAGCAACAUGAUUCUGAGAAAUUUAUCACUGAAAAGGAAACUAAGUUAGAACCUAAAAAUUCAAUGAUUAGAGAUUUGUCACCAGGAAAAGAAAUUUGUUCAGAUAUACUUUUUGGCACUGAAGAAAAUGCAGGUAAGGAAAAUAGUUGUAAUGACUCUGUAAAAGAACUGGAAAUCCAAGACGAAUGUAGAAUAUCAUCUGGUCAAAAGCAGAAUUCAGUAAUUGAUCAUGAAACUUAUCCUGGUGACUCAAUAGUGUUAGUUGUUGAAAACUCUAAGGCAAGUGAAGAUGUUUUAGUUUCUGAGAAGAAUAAAAGUACAAAACUUUUGCCUGCACAAGACAGUGUCCAAGUACCAUUAGUUCUUGAACAAUCAUCAGCAGAACGUAGCUUAGAAAAUGAAAUUGCAGUUACUAAAGAAGUAAAAAUUUCAACCACUGAGAAAUUAUUUUUUAUUUCGUACAAAAGUAAUGGCCCUCACCAUGACAGCGAACCAUGUCCAUUUGAAUGGAGUGACAGUGCUGUGAAACUGGUGGUGGACGACUUUGAAGUCACGUGUAGCGUAACACCUUUUGUUGAGCUCUUGAACCUAGCACCUAUUUGUGAUGAUGAAUCACCUCCUAAAGAACAUGAUCCGUCUGUUGAGAACUGUAAAAGCCAAGAAGAUGAACUCAUAGGAAGAAAUAAAUCUCACAGUGAAGGUAAUGUUUCAUGUCAGAGCGACAACCAGAAAGUCAUCAAUAAAAAAGAAUUGUCUAGGGUACCUAAGUUAUUAAAUGACCAUAGUUCUGGAAACACAAAAAUGAUUUCGCCUCUUGCCGAUGCAUAUGACGAGGGGGAUAUAAUAGAGAAAUAUUCUAACAAAAAUUUCAGGCAUUCAGAACUUGAUAGGUUGGGAUCUGAAAAAGAUGAAGAGAAGUACAAAGAAAAGAGAAACUCAACUUCUCACUCGAGAACGUAUUAUAAAAGCUCGAUGGACAGGCACAGAAGCAGGUUAGAGUUGAGGGAGAGGGCACAUCCAUCCACCGUUAGUAGUCGCAGCGUAUUCUAUCAUCGGGAAUCAAGUGAACGCCAGCUGUUCCAGGAUUCUGGCUCUUGCCAUGAAAGAAACACAAAGCCCGAAAGCUCUAAGAAUUUUGACGAGUUCUGUGAUGGAAGACGCAGAGUGAAGUACAGCAAGCACGUGUACAGUUCUAGGAGUAGGAGUACAGAGAGACCGCAUUCCUAUGUGAAAAGGAGAGAGGAGGCUUUGGAAGAUCACGAUGUGCGAGGCAGAGAUAGCUACCGUGCGAAGAGCGAAAAACAUUAUGUGCCAGAAUUAUUUUAUGAUGAUGUCAACGAAACACCUGAUUCAAAAUAUGUGAGGCAUAAAGGAAAAGAGAGCUAUUAUUUUCUUAAUAAAAGCAGGGGGGAGGUGCUAGAAGAAAAAAAGCACAGGGGUGAGGUUGUAGAAGAAAGGGAGAUAAGUUACAGGAAAAAGAAGCAACAUCCAAGUUCCGAUGUGGAUGACAGUGAAGAAAGAAUAAAAAACAGAUACUACCAGUAUAGUUCCUCGAGCAGAAAUGCCAAUAUGUUGUCUAUUCACAAGAAAAUCAGGAGUGUUGUGCAUGAUAAGAACUUGAGGAUAAAUCACCCCCCAAAAGUUACAAAGCCAUCAUCAUUAGAACCAAGAAGUAAGGGCUCUAAAGAAGUAACAAAAACACAGCAUAGUAGGCUUGAACCAGAAACUAAAGUCUCAACAAAAAUUAGUCAUGAUAGUUUAUCUGGAGAAAGGAAUGUUGAGAAUUCAUAUCGUUCAAAACUUAUACUUGCUUCAGUUAGAAAACAGAGUGAGCAAAACAGGGUAAAAGUCAUGUCCAAAAAAGAGUUUUUAAGUGGUGAAGUUAGUGAACAGUAUCAUCCUGCAAAAAGUAAAAGAGACAUUUCAGAAGAUUUGAACUUUAGGAAUGAACACGAUGAAUACCAAAGCAACAGUGAUGCAGAACAAGAGAUGCGACACUUCACUUUUGAAAACAGUCCAGCUAAACAGAUGAGUGAUGAUGAUGACGACUUGAUGACUUAUGUGACGGUCGGAUGUCCAUCUACAACACCACAAAUUCACUCUUCAGAGCAAAACCAAAGGCAUGGCAUUGCUUUGAGUGAACUUGGAGUAGACAAAAAACUGUCAUCCAGGGAAAGAAGUGCUUCAAGCAGUAAUUUUGGGAAUGAGGAUAUCCGAAUACUUCCUCCCAAGAAACGAAAAGCGUCAUCAGAGGAAAUGUCAUCAUCUCAUGUUGAAAAAAAAGAGCGCUUGGUGUCUGCAGAUCCUCAGACGUUGCUGAAGAAGGUGGGACUUGAAAAUUUCCUCUCUGUAGUGCACGGUGACACGCAGCGGUAGUUCGAGAGCAGCCCCAUCACUCAAGCUCGUAUCGUUACGAAAAUGUCGCCUGUGAUGCGACUAGAGUGGUAAAGAUUUUGUUGCGUGUGCUGAUAAAGAGAGAUAUUGUGUGCGCAACGUUUUCAUGUUUCUGUGAUAAUGCUUGAAACAAAUGGUUUGUUUAGGUAAAGCACAAAAGAAGGAAAUUUGGGGUUUCCUUCUCCAAAUCCUUUUGUAAAAUGCAAAAAUCUGAAUUUUUGGGUGAAUAUCAUAUAGUACAAAUGCUAGGUCUUAAGAAUUGACAGGUAGUGAAAUUGUAUGGUAUUUGCUUUAAGUGAACAUGCUAUGAUUCUCUCUUGAUGACAAGAACGAAAGUUUGUUUGCCCGAUUUUUGUCAUUGAGGGUGGUCAAACCAAAAGUGACCCGCAGUCAGAAUUCUUUGGUUCAGUUUUUGUUGUUGAUUUUUUGUGCAUAUGUAUGGAUGCACAAGAUGUGCAAGUGUGUAAAUAUAAAAAAAUUUCUGUUAAAAGCUGUAUGAAAAAUUUUCAUUUUUUUAAAGUUGUCUUUUAUUUUUAAUGUUACUAGUAUUUAGAGAUCUUUAUUGGUAUUACAAGUGUUGAAAAACUGAUUAUGUUACUUGCAUCUUCCAACACCAACAAUUCUUAUGUCUGUGAUUUCACAAAACAUCCGCAGACCAAUUAAACCUGUCCUGAAAAGAUGGAAUGGGUGGUAUGUAUUGAUGUCCAGAUCAGCAGAAUAGUUGUUCAUUCUUCCUGCCUCCUGCAAUACAAGUCCUACGAUGUAUCCUCCAUGACAGACAAACAGUAAACAGGUGUUUAUUUAGGUCUAUGGAUUCAUCAGUUCAUGUGUGAACAUAUUUGCAUACGUUGCUGUAUUUUUGCAUAUAUUUAUAGUAGUGGCUGGCACUUACUGUAACUUUUAAAUUUAGUACUUCACUGUGAACUCACAUUUUCUUUAUUAAAUCUUCGAAAACAAUAUCAGUCUAGCACUUAACAUACUAUAUAUGUACUACACACACCAUUAUAUAUUGUAAAAUCACAUGUCAUGGGUGUCAUAGAUAAUUCUUUUUUAUUCGUUCUUAAAAGGAUUUUCAAAAUAACACAAGGAAUCCUGCCAACAUUUUUACAUAUUUGUUUUGUUAGUUAAAUUUUCAUAUACAUUCAAAUAAAUAUUAAUACCAAGAAAUUUGUAAAUUCAAAAUGUGGAUGCAUACUAUCAAAGUGGGCAAAACCAUGCUUUUUUUCCCCUCCAUAAGUAGUUUAAUUUUUUCUUUUAUUUGCAUAGAAUGUAUGGAAGGUUAAAUACAUCGACCAAUGAUUAUUAUUUAACUAAUUUACUCUUUAUGACACAAGUGUAAAGUCGUUCUUAUACCAACAUAUAUUUAAUUCACUUAUCAUGUGUUGGUAUGUCACAAGAAUUUCUUUAUUAUUAAAUGUGCUUGUUUAUUAACAAUUCAGCAUGACUUUUUUUGCGAAUAAAUUCAAACAGCAUUGUCUAAAAAAAAUUAUAAUUACUUGACUGUUGUUACACGAUAAUUAUCAACGCGAAGCCAGUAUGAAAACGUUUUAGAGACAUCAUCCCUCAAAAAAACCCUAUUGUGGACGGUGAUAAGCGCAGUUACAACAAUUUCUCGAGCUGUCAGCUGCUUUCAGUUUCUCUGCACAUGACCUUCCCCCACAUUUUGUCCAGAUUUCUGGAAUCACCAGUUACGAUGCUAGCACUACAUUGUCUGUUUACUUGGCCGGAGGCAGGGAAUGCAUGCAGAAUUAAAAUUUACUUCAUUUUACCAGCUGUUUGGUUAUUCCUGGGUUAUACUACAAUGGUUUUAAUAAUAUGUGUGGGUAAUUUUGUUCUGUGCAAUUGUAGUCAUCAGUAGUUGCAGCUUAAUCGACAGUUUUGUGUAUCAUUGGUAGUGAUCUUGACUCUUAUUGAUAUUCUGUUGUUUGUUAACUAAGGAUAUUUGUUUAUUUGCUCCUUGCAUAUAUGUAAUUAAUAUUUUGUCAUAUUUAAAAAAAAAAACAUAUUUGCCACUGUGCUUUCACUUUUAUUACAUACUUAUAACAAAAGCCAGAAAGAGUGCUUAGUGCGUAGAAUUAUAUUUUUUUUGUAAAUAUGAGCUUGUAGUAUAAUGUAAUGUAAAUAGACUUGUCUUAAGAACAUUGUAUAAAAUAUUUUAGGUGCAAACCAGAUUUAUGAGUUCAGAAUUAUGUACUAACUGUCACAUGUUGCAUGAGUUAAUUUUUUUUACAAAGCAUUUCUAUGCAUAUUUGGAAGUUGUAUUUUUCAUACGUAUGUGUAAAAAUUGUAAUUAGAUAGAUUUUUUGUUGUAAUAUAAUGUAAAUAUGUUUAUCGUUGUUGAUAGUUCUAUGGGUAAAAAACUAUUUGUAUGAAAAAUUUAGUAAAAAUUACAACAAAAAACAUGUUUUAUGUAUAUGUCAUUUAUUUGAUAUGUGGUAUUCAUAUACCUACAUAAAUGACAAUAUGUAAAUAUACAUUGUAAUAAAAGCAGGUAAUUUGUUUUAUAGAA